GUUUUAUACAUCUGUUUAUGAAUAUAUUUUUAUUUCACACAAUGUUUUCCAAACAUUUCCUACAAUUUCUAUUGUGUUGCCAAUCGAUGACAUUGUUUUCACUCGUAUUGUGUGAGAAAACGUGGAAAAAUAUUGUACCCGAAGAUUAUAACCAGGAUAUCGCACCUUCACGUCCUGGACAACCGGUCAAUGUGAACGUAUCCAUGUCCGUACUUAGCCUUAAGCCGGAUGCCGGUGCUGCGCAAUCUAUGGUUAUGGACUUUUUCUAUCACCUCCAUUGGUAUGACCACCGGUUGACAGUACCGGCUACUGAAAAGGUGACUCUGGGCUCAGAAUGGAAAGACAAACUCUGGACACCCGACACCUAUUUCAGGAACAUAUCACAAACCAUAGUCGACGUACGACUGGUUUGGGACAACUUCCGGAUCGGCUCCCAUGUGGUGCUCCCGGAGUUCGAGAUCAUCGCCAACUCGACGGGCAACUGCACCAAACCGUUUCAGGGACUGGGAGACUAUAGUUGCCUGUAUGUCAUCAUCCAUUUCCAGCGAUACGUCGGCACCUACCUCAUCAAACGCUACGUCCCAUCCGUACUGAUCGUCACCAUGACAUUCAUCGGCUUCUGGAUCCCCACGCAAGCGGCACCCGCCCGGGUGGCCCUCAUCAUCACAGCCCUGUUGGCACUCAUAGCCCAACAAAUACAGCGAGAGAUCAACAUCUCGUAUACCUAUGCGCUGGAGGUGUGGACUAUGGUAUGCGUUGUGUUUGUUUUCGCCGCACUUCUCGAGUACGCGGUGGCCAUAGGCUGGCCCCACACCACCCCUGACCCCAAUGGCCAACAGAAUCGCAUCGCCGGUAAUAAUAGGAUUUCCAAAAGGCUGGUGGCAUUCGUGGCACCCGAUCAGCGUAAUAACGAGGUGGACAAGUAUGCCAGAGUGGUGUUCCCGACGUGUUUUAUUACAGCCAUUUUUAUUUAUACCAUUACUUAUUACUUUUUAUAAUGAUUUUUAGUUUUGAAAUAAAUUCUUAUAUAAAAUUGCC